AUGGCUAAGUUCUUCAUCUUAUCAAUCACCAUCGGUCUAAUGUUUCUCAUCACCCUUUCAUCGUUGAGCAGCAACAAGCUAGUUGAAGCUCGUCAUCUUCUGGAGGAGACCUCGCCUGAAGUGCCCAAACUGUCUGAACCGGAAUUCCCCGACCUCCCAAAUAUCCCAGGUUUGCCCAAGGUCGAAGUGCCUCAGUUUCCUGGAUUCCCAAGUGUGCCCAAGUUUGACUUCCCAUCCAUCCCAAAACCUGAGAUACCAGAUUUUCCCGACUUGCCCGACGUCCCCGAGCUCCCUAAGCCAACGGUGCCAUAG